CUGCCAAUGUUUCACGUCCAAAACAAAUAAAUUGAAGAGGAGCGCAUUAUAAAGUUGUCUUUAUAUUCGUUUUCGUAUAGUGUUUGGUUAAAUUGCAUCCAUUAGAUCCCGAUACCCAACAUAGAAAUACCUAUAGAUAUCUUUAAAUUAAGCCCCUAACAGGCAAGUGCAAUUAUAGUACACGUUCGGCAAAAGUCACUUUAAUACGAUCUUUACUGACUUCAGACCAGCAGGAAGCAAAAAAAAUUCGUACAGCUCUCCAUCAGAAUAUGGAAGAUAUUCAAUGUUGGAUAAAAUGCCUUUAAGGUACAGUCUGUCCUAAACCGAAAUGUGAAGGAAAAGAUUCUUCGGAUCUAGUACCAGAAUUCCGAUUUGGGCCUAAAGUAUUUGGGACCUCAUCGAUCGAUCCCGUCGAAAGGCAGCUAUUCAAAAAUUUGCAAAAAGAUCAUUGAUAUACCGUUAGUACUGACAUUCGUGUAAGUGUUUACAUACUUUAAGCUACGCUCAUUAUCAAAAAAUGUUGUGCGUAACUGUACUUACACCCAAGUCAGUUUGUCGAAUGGACGACGCAUCUAAUAAAAAAAUUUAUAAAGCAAUUUGCGUCAUCCAAACUCUGAACAAAGGCGGCAGCAUCGAAUAUUUGAAAAAUAUAAAUAAAUAUAAAUCCAGAACGAAGACUUGGCCGUGUAAAAGAAGGUUCUCGCAAGCAUUUUGAGUUUGGCAAAGGGUUAGUAUAAUGUGUUUAGAAAGAGCAGCAAAAUCAAACUAAUAAAAUGGCGCUAACGCACAAGUCGGGCUCAAAGCAGUUCGUGAAGAACGUGAUGGUGAUGAAGAAGGACACUUGCUCGGUGCGCGAGCUGCUUAACUGGGUGAACGCGGAGAUGCAGUGCGACGUGCGGGAGCUGUCCGAGCUAAAGACGGGCGGCGUUUAUUGCCAAUUUGUGCACAAGCUGUUCCCAGCUGAAAUAUCGCUGACCAAGGUCUAUCUGUACACGAACGCCAGCUACGAGAUUGAGGCCAAUUUUAAGCUGCUGCGCAACACCUUUGCCAAGCUCAACAUCCGCAAGGAUGUGCCGAACCGGGAGCUGGCCAAAGGUCGCGGCCAUUAUGAGUUCCUCAAUUGGCUGCACAAAUUCCACAAGAUGAACCACAAUGGCCGCGCCUACGAUGCCAGCAAGGAGCGCCGCGGUAAACCGAUCGGACUUAAAAAAAUCGUCGAAGCCGAAAGACGUUUCGAUUAUGCCGCCUAUUUACGACAAAGCAGCACAAUAGUCGCCUCUGUGCAUCCGCGGAAGCCAGUGGAGCUGGUGCCCCGCGCACACAGCCUAAUCGGCAUUUCGGUGAAGCCGGAUAAUCUUGCGUCCUGGAAACUGAACCCAAUGCCGGACAAGUCCAAAGCCAAAGCCAAAGGAUCGACGCAGUCCAUACUCGGUCGAAAAUCUGCCCAGUCAGCCGGUAAAUCAGUCAAAACAAUUUGUGAGCCAGUUAAUCCUUCAAAUGAACCAGGCGAAUCAGUCCCAUCGCAGCCAGAUCGAUCGGACGAAUCACGCCAGUCGACACCAGAGUCGCUGCCCAGCGUUCCAUUAAAACAAGGUUAUCCUAAACGAAUCCAGUCGCCAGGCCGAGAAACAGACCCGGAAUCAGACCCGGAUUCAUCCAACCCGGAGCCACAUCCUGCCGUGCCAUCAAAGCGCCCGAGCUACAAACGUUCCCAUUCGACAGCCAAACAACUUCCUCCGGAACCAAUACAAGCUGCUAACGAAUCACUUCACUCGACGCCGGAGCGAAUAUCCGCCGUGCCAUCGAAGCGCGCUAGCUAUAAACGGAACCAGUCGCCUGCUCUGGAACCACUGGACGCUUGGUUCGAACCACUCGAGUCGCCAUUGAAACGUGUUAACUAUAGACGAGCUCAGUCGCCAGACAAAUCCAUAUCGCCGGAACCACUCGAGCCUGACCCAGAACAAACCAACUAUAAACAAAGCCGGUCGACAACUGAUUUAGCUAACCCGGAAUCGAAGCUGGAACCGCAUCCAACAGUGCGUGUGGGCCAUAAGCCAAAGCCUUCAGCAGCUCCGGAAACACUUCGCGCUUGGUUUGAACCACUUGAGACGACAGCGGAGCCACUUUCUUCCGUACCAUCAGCUUGUGUUAGCUAUAAGAAAAAUAAGUCGCCGGAGGAUCCUGACCCGGAGACGGUACCUUCGACCGUAUCGAAGCAAAUUAAUUAUAAGUCUGUUAACUAUCAACGAAUUCAGUUGCCAGUCCAGGAAAGUGGCCCGGAACCGUUCGAAUCUUGUUGUCAAUUCUGUGAGUUGACACCGGAGUCGGUGACUCCCGUGCCAGCCAGGCGAGUUAAUUAUAAACGAGUACAGUCGCCGGCUAAAACUGUUGCCCCGGAAGAACCACUGGCCGGUUAUGAGGCAGCCCGGGAAAUUCCACCGGAGCCACAGCCUGAACUAUUGAAACGUGUUAAGCAUAAAUCAAGUCGGUCCGCAGCUCGUGAAAAAGCCCCGGAAUCACUGCAGGCUUGGUUCGAACCUCUUGAGACGACACCGGAGCAACUCUCGUCCGUACCUUUAAAGGGCGUUAAUCAUAAUCGAGAAACAGCCCCGGAACCAACACAAGCUCGAGGUUCAGAGUCGAUGCCUGGUCCAACUUCAAAGCGUGUUAAUUAUAAACGAGUUCAGUCGCCAGCUAAAACUGUCCCCUCGCAAACACCAGAGGCUCGCUAUGAGCCAGCCCGGCACAUAGAGCCGGAACUACCGGACGCACAUUCCACAUCCGUACCAUUAAAGCGUGUUAAGGAUAAACGAAUUCAGUCCGCAGCCAAAGUAGCUCAGAAAACAUCACAAACCGAUCAGGAAGCCCUUCAAUCCGCAACAGAGCCACUUUCGACCGUACCAGCUCGGCGUAUAGUUCCGGAAAUAGUUCCGGAAUCACAGACUGUUCAUGACCCAGUUCAAACAGAAACAGAACCACUUGCUGCCCUACCAUCUCGACGUCUUAACUCUAAGCCAAUCCAAGAAGUCGCUCCAAAACCAUCAAAGGCUAGUUAUGAACCACGGCAGUCGGAAUGGGAUCCAGCUUCUGUCGGAAAAUCAGUGAAACCAAUUUGUGAACUAGCUAGACUUUCCACUGAACCAGUCAAGGAAUCGACACUGGAGCCUUUAAAGCGUGUUAUUUAUAAACGAAUUCAGUCGCCGGGCCGAUCAAUAGUUCCGGAACCGUGCGACCCUUAUCGUAAACCAGUUGAGCCGACGCCGAAGCCCAUCACUGCCGUAGCUUCAAAGCGUGCUAUUGUUAAGCGUAUACAGUCGCCGGCUAAAACAGUUCCUCCGGAUCUACCACAGGCUGGCUCCGAGCGUGAGUCAACACCGGAGCCACAUCCUGCCGUACUGCCUCAACGUCUUAUUUCCAAGCCAAUCUCGACGACAUGCGAAGCUAGUCAUGAACCACUUCAGGCGAAAAGAAAUCCAUUUCCUGAUCCAUCGAUUCCGUCGACAACCCGAGAAAUAGCUCUGAAAUCCACACAGGCUGAUUUUGAGAGCCUUCCUGACCCACUCACGCAGCGUGCUAAUAUCAAACCAAUCCAAGAAACAGCUGAGGAAUUACCGCAAGCUGAUGAUGCACAACGUCAGUGGGAAGCAGAGCCUCUUCCUGAUCCACCAGAACAGCGCUUAAGCAAUAAGCCCAACGCGUCGACAUCCACAGAAAUAGGUCGAAGGGCUUAUCAGGAAACGCUUCGGUCAGAACCAGAGCCACUUCCUGACCCGCCAUCAGAGCGUGUUAGUAAUAAGCCCAUUCCGUCGACAUCCCGAAAUAAAGCGCCGGAAUCAGCAGAGGAACCUUUUCAUUCGGAAGCAGAGCCUCCUCUUGCUGACCCGCCAUCAGAGCGUGCUGGUAAUAAUCCAAACCCGCCACAAUCACAAGAAAUAGCUGCGGAAUCUUCACAGGCUGAUGAGGAAACGCUUCCGUCAAAGCCCGAUCCAUCGAUAGAUGAACCCAGGCACUUGGCGUCGUCCUUAGCUGUUUUGAAAGUCGGGCAGUCCGUGGUCCGUGCUUAUUGUGAGGAGAGUGGCUGUGUCGCAUUGCCAUCGGAUUCGGACUCUGAGGACGAGAAGGACGAUCAUAUUUGGGACGUACGCCGUCAGAUCGUGCUGUUGCGGAAUAAGCUUACGACAAUUGAGACCAUAUUGCUGAAGUACUCGGCGAGUUCACGGCUAAGUGUUAAGAAACUAAAACGCUAUUUACGCAAACAACAGGUUGAUGAACCAUUCGUCCUGGGCAACUUUUAAAAAUACGAUUAUUUUUUUUCAUAUACCCGUUGCGUUUAAAAUGUUCUGUUCUUGUUUUGUAUCAUUUAUAUACACAGUGUGACCAAUUGUCACCAUCUGUAAGCAAGUUUUGGUUUUUAGUAAAUUU